AUGGGGAAAGGUAAAGCGAAGGUCGUCCCUCAGGAGAGGAGGGACUUCAAGUCGGAACGAUUUAACAACAGCAACAGGCUGAGAAGGGACUAUGUAGAGCAAUCCGGAUCUACUGGGGCUCAGGCAGUCCAUGCUGCGUUCCGAGAACCUCUUCACAAAAUCCUAGAGAAGAUGAAGUAUGAGCCUUUCUUUCAGUGGCCGAACAAGAUGGCUGGCGACCCUUUGAAGCGUAAUCAGAACCUGUAUUGCGCGUACCAUCAGGAGCCAGGUCACACUACUGAUGAUUGCAGGAACCUGAAGAACUAUUUAGACCGGCUCGUCCGAGAAGGGAAGCUGAGACAUUUGCUGCACCGCCCUGAAGGAUGGCAAGAACCAUCAAACAAUGAAACCAAACAAAGUACGUUGAGGCCACCCAUUGGCACAAUUAAUGUCAUUCUCGCCGCACCUGGAAGGACAGGCUCUGUCCCCGUCAGGGUAAUGUCAGUGAGCAGUUUCUCGACUAAGCCAGAUGACAGGGAAUCCAAGAGAGCUAGAACGAGCGCCACGCCAUUAAUCGGGUUCACGGAGGAAGACAAACAAGGAACUAUCCAACCCCACGAUGAUGCCUUAGUCGUUACGCUCAGAAUAGGAGGUUAUGACGUGAAAAGGGUGUUAGUUGAUCAAGGCAGCACAGUGGAGAUAAUGUACCCUGAUUUGUAUAAGGGACUGAACUUGAAGCAGGAAGACCUGUCGCCAUACGAUUCCCCCCUUGUUAGAUUUGAAGGAAAUGUCGUCAUCCCGAGAGGCAUGAUUAGGUUGCCUGUGCAAACAGACUCAGAUGUGAUAGAAGUGAACUUCAUUGUCGUAGAUGCAUACUCCCCUUACACAGCCAUCGUGGCCCGGCCAUGGCUUCAUGCACUAAGGGCUGUGUCGUCAACCUUGCACCAAAAGGUGUAA